AGUCCCGCCGCACCCGCCCAGCGCCAGCUCCGCGUCCCGGCCGGCCCGCGCGCGGCUGCCCGCUCCGCCGCCAUGGCCACGUCCCCGCAGAAGUCGCCCUCUGUCCCCAAGUCCCCCACUCCCAAGUCGCCCCCGUCCCGGAAGAAAGAUGACUCCUUCUUGGGGAAACUCGGAGGCACGCUGGCCCGGAGGAAGAAAGCCAAGGAGGUAUCGGAGCUUCAGGAGGAAGGCAUGAACGCCAUCAACCUACCCCUCAGCCCGAUCCCCUUCGAGCUGGACCCGGAGGACACCAUGCUGGAGGAGAAUGAAGUGCGAACAAUGGUGGACCCAAACUCCCGCAGCGACCCCAAACUGCAAGAACUGAUGAAGGUGUUAAUUGACUGGAUUAAUGACGUGCUUGUCGGUGAAAGAAUCAUCGUGAAAGACCUGGCUGAAGAUUUAUACGACGGACAAGUCCUACAGAAGCUCUUUGAGAAGCUUGAGAGUGAGAAGCUGAACGUUGCUGAAGUCACCCAGUCAGAGAUUGCUCAGAAGCAAAAGCUGCAGACUGUCCUGGAGAAGAUCAAUGAAACCCUGAAACUUCCUCCCAGGAGCAUCAAGUGGAACGUGGACUCUGUUCAUGCCAAGAGCCUGGUAGCCAUCUUGCAUCUGCUGGUUGCUCUGUCCCAGUAUUUCCGGGCACCAAUCCGACUCCCAGAUCAUGUCUCCAUCCAAGUGGUUGUGGUCCAGAAACGAGAAGGAAUCCUCCAGUCUCGGCAAAUCCAAGAGGAAAUAACUGGUAACACAGAGGCUCUCUCCGGAAGGCAUGAACGUGAUGCCUUUGACACCUUGUUCGACCACGCACCAGACAAACUCAAUGUAGUGAAAAAGACACUGAUCACUUUUGUGAACAAGCACCUGAAUAAACUGAACCUGGAGGUCACAGAACUGGAAACCCAGUUUGCAGAUGGGGUGUACCUGGUGCUGCUCAUGGGGCUCCUGGAGGGCUACUUCGUGCCCCUGCACAGCUUCUUCCUGACCCCGGACAGCUUUGAACAGAAGGUCUUGAAUGUCUCCUUUGCCUUUGAGCUCAUGCAAGACGGGGGAUUGGAAAAGCCAAAGCCACGGCCAGAAGGUACUUUGCUCUUUCCUGGGUUUGUGACAGGACUGAGAGACCCUGUCCCUGCACAUGGGUGUUCAGGGCACAGGGCAAGCCCCAUGUUUGACAUCAGGGCAAGGGUUUCUUCUCUGAAAGCUUCUUUGCGUCAGGGAAGGUGGGACAGGGCGAAGCUGCUCAGUCCUACAGCUCCUUUGUGA